CGCGAGCGGCCAAUCAGGAGUCGGGGCUCGCGGGGUCGGGCUGCGGGGGGCCGCGGCAGGAUCGCGGGCGGCUGACAGCCGUGUCCUCGGAGGGCGCGACUCCCUGCGGAGACAGCAUGUCGCGCGGGGACGCUCAGCCAGCCCGGGCCCUUGCCAAGCCCGCCUUCAGCGACCCGCAAGCCUCCGCGCUCGUGGAGUCGGUGUUUGGCCUCAAGGUUUCCCAGAUCCGGCCGCUCCCUAGCUAUGACGACCAGAACUUCCACGUGCGCGUGGCGGGAGCUGAGGGCGGCCCGGGCGGCCCCUGCGAGUAUGUCCUCAAGAUCAGCAACGCGGAGGCCAGCCGGACGCCGGAGCUGCUGCAGGUGCAGACGCACGCCCUGCUGUUCCUGAGAGCCGCGGGCCUCCCCACGGCCUCCGUGUGCCGCUCGAAGGGGGGCGGCCUCACCUCCCUCGUGUCCGCAGAUGGCGGCUCCCGUGUCACCAGCUAUGUGGUGAGGCUGCUGACCUACCUCCCGGGGAUCCCAGUGGCUGAGGUCCCCGUCGCCCCCCUGCUCCUGUACGAGAUCGGAAGGCUGGCUGCCAACCUGGAUGAGACGCUGGAGAAAUUCCAUCACCCAAAGUUAAGUUGCCUUCAUCGGGAGAACUUUAUCUGGAAUCUGAGAAAUGUUCCUCUUCUGGAGAAACAUGUGGACAUCUUGGGCCAGGGCCAAAACCGCGAGCUUGUCGUCCGGGUCAUUCAGCUCUUCAAGGAUGAAGUCCUGACCAAACUGAAGCAUUUUCGAGAAUGUCUCAAUCAUGGGGAUCUUAAUGACCAUAACAUCCUAGUGGAGUCCAGUAAGUCAGCCUGUGGAGAUGCUGCAUAUCAAGUGUCUGGGAUUUUAGACUUCGAUGACAUGAGCUACGGCUACUACGUGUUUGAAGCGGCCAUUACCAUCAUGUACAUGAUGAUUGAGAGCAAGAGUCCCAUGCACGUGGGAGGUCACGUCCUGGCGGGGUUUGAGAGUGUCAUCCCGCUGACGCCUGUGGAGAGGGGAGCUUUGUUUCUACUCGUGUGCAGUCGCUUUUGCCAGUCCCUGGUCAUGGCGGCGUACUCUUGCCAGCUACACCCAGAGAAUGAAGAGUAUCUCAUGAUUACUGCAAAAACUGGGUGGAAGCACUUGCAGCAGUUGUUUGACCUGGGCCAGAGAGCUGUAGAGGAAAUCUGGUUUGAAACUGCCAGGUCCUACACCUCCGGGCUCUCCAUGUGACUGGAAUUGCACAGCAGUGACCAGAUCUGGUCCUACGAAGCACUUCCCUGCACGGUAAAGACGACCUGAUGGAGGUGACCGGUGCACAGGAAACCACCAAGGACGUCAAGCACUCUCAUGACCACUCUUCAGAUUUAACAAAGGACCGCCUGAGCAAGCCUGUCUUUCUGGGGGUCCUGCUGGCCUUGUGGAUAAAACACGCAGAGUGAGGUUUGCACUCAGAUAAGCUCUCAAGGUCUAUUCCAGCCCUGGAAUCAAUGACUGUUUUAAGCUCUGAAAGGAAUACAUAUGUUUAGAUAAAUUCGCAUAUUUUAAAUAAUUGGGCGUAACACAGACACCCGUUAACACAUCUCCACUUGUGGAGCCUUCUCCCAUUGCUCCGUUUUCUAGGACCCCACAGUACUCUGUCUUCAUGGAUUAUGAUUGUAGCCUAAGGCUAUUUGAGGGCAGAGACUAGUUCUGUCUCUCCUCUCUUUUUUGUUUUUUUAACACCCGAUAUACUGCUUUCCUCGUGGUUUCAAAAAGAUAUUUUGCAUGCAUAAUUGCAAAUUAAUGUACGCUAAAAGAAAGGCAUGUGAACACAAGGCACAGACUAAGAUGUCUUAAGAGGAAGCAGACACAGUGCUGCUAAGAAAAAGUUCUAACUUGCUUGAGGCUGGAACGCUAGGGAUGGAGGCUGGAAAAUUCUGGGCCUGCUGGGGAGCCACGGAAGACAUUCGGCACGGCCACCAGCUCCUGAGGUUUUCAUAGUGAUACUAAGAAAGUACCUAAGCAGAUCACUUAAAAUUUGCUCUCAUUUAUGGCUCUUUUCAUAUGAAUAUGUGAUGACCUGUAGCUCACCGUAUACCAGACGUGAAUCAUACCACAGUUACCUUCACGGAGUUCUCGUCAUGCCUCCCUUACUGUGAUUUAUUAAAGGGCUGUUUACUCACUCA